UGCGAGGGCCGGGGGGCGGAUACUAGCUUCCCGGGCACUCUAAUCCUUUUGUCCCGGUCGCCGGGUAAAUGAUAUACUGCUGGCAGCGACUGGACCUUCUCUCCCCCAUAACUCCCCUCUCCCCUCCCCUCCUGAUACCACUCCGCCCCACGCACCCCCCUUCUCUCCACUUGCACCAGGCGCCGCCGCCGCGCGCUUCAUUGGCAUUCAGGGAGGCAGCGCGCGACUGCGCACGGGCAAGACGCGCAGAUCAACGGGACGGGGAGGGGAGCGGCGGCAGUAGCGACACUGAGGAUUAGGAUCAACUUUGGGAAAAGUGCUCUCGUCCGGCGCUCUGCUGAGUGCGUGGUGGACUGUAAAGCUCAGCUUGUGACAGGCGUUGUUCUCAUCAGUGCGAAUUACAAAGCGAUAUAACGGAUUCCUCCUGACAGAAGAAGCCGGAGAUGGGCAGGGCUGGACAAGCAGGAUGAAGACUGGACGAAAGGGGACUCUUUGAGGAGAUUUUUACAUCGAUCAUUGGGAUUCCUGCUGCUAGCUGGAACGUGGAGGAGCGGGGUCGGGGUUUAAAAAGUGAAGUCGACCUCGCGGAUCAGCUAUCGACGACAGAUCUGUGAAAUCAGAGAGGUGGAGAUAACGGUUGCUCUUUACACCGUUGUUAUUAUUAUGAUUCAUUGAUUUUAUGUCUAGCGAUCACAUUCACCAUUCCGUCGCCAGAAAUAAAGCGAUGCAAAGAUGAACAGAGAGGUUAAAUAAAACGGAAUUCCCCAUUCUCAGAGCUAGGACUAAAUAAAACUGAACGGGGGGCAGUACCCGGCAGCAUUGAAGCUACGGCUUUUUUCUCUUUGUCUUCUUGCAGUCGUUUUACGUGGACUUUGAAAAUACAGGAUGUAACUGCGUUUUAGUGUUUUUAUAGGACCGACGGACACGAUUUGCAAAAAGAGGGGGAAAAGACAACAAGCUGCAUUUUAGAGAGAAAGGUGGCUGUAUACAUAGGAGCAUCAAAUAAUCCAUUUAUAGAGUCGCUGGGAGCUGGAGCCAAUUUCAGCAGCGUCGCACGAAACACUGGAACCGACCUGUCCGGGACACACACGCACCGGGAAGCUCUCUGAUUUACAGGCGGUACAUCUGAGCGACUGUAAACUUAACUUACCGUUCUUUUGGCUUUAAGUCAGGUCCAGAAUAACUUAAUCUGUUAUAAAUUAAGCCUCAAUCAUAAGAGAAUUUAACUUGGGUAAAAUAUAACAAUAAAAAAUAUUUUGACUUGUCAAAAAGCACGCAGGGCUUGUAUACGUACCCAGAGUGCCUUACACGUGCCAAAAUUUGCAUAAUGGACCCGGAUGUGCGUGUGCACAAGGAGUGUUACACAAGCAUCAGUAAAUACUGAUACCUUCAAUCACUCCAUAGACUCUUUGUGACACGUAUGAAGAUGAAGCACAUAUUGUACAAUAAUUAUUAGUACACCGCACAGAUAAACAUAGGAUCCCAUAAAUGCAAUACAAUACAAACUGGAAUGAACCACGUAAAACUUUGUUGAAAAAUUAUUUGUUGCAUAAAUGCAAACAAAUAAAGCGUCCAGAACAGAACAUUGCAUUCAGUAAUAGUAAUUAACACCUAAGAAGUCAUAGUUUUCUUUAAAAGUGUGUCACAUGCUGCCCCUUAGCAAAAUGUUAACAACUGACUAGUUAAAAUGUGGUGGGAGUAGUGGCAUUUUUUUUAAAAAUAAACUUGUUGAAACUUCCUAUUAAUUGUUCGUGAAAAAGUAGUAUUUAACCAAUAACUGCAGAAUUUAAAUAGGAUUGAUUUAGCUGGUGACUACCUAGUCGAGGAUGUUAAUUAUUUGAUAUGCUGGAGCCUUCUCCUGCAUAAAAUAUAUGUGCAAGCAAUAUAAGUUUGAUAUAUCUGAAGUUUAAAAAAAAAAAGUUUAAUCCCUGCAACAAGUGUUUGUAAAAGGUGAAGGGUGGACAUGCCAGAAAUGAAAAGGAGACCCAGUCAGAACAUGCAUUGUAGUUUAUGGGUCGAGGAAGUGAAGUUUCAGCAAAAGAAGAAAUGUCAUCGCUUGGAUCCUUUUAAUCUCCUGGUUUUGCUCCUAACAACUCAUUUUGAAUGAACGCUAAGCUUGUAUCCAACCUAAAUUCAUCUAAAAACUGAAAGUGCAAGCAGCCUAAAAGAGAACUAAUAGAAACAUUCAUCUUUUAUAGGGCAGCUUUUGACUUUCUAAUCUCGUCAAGGAUUUAGCUCUUUAGAUUUUUGCACUAUCUGGCAACAAAGAGACAACUGGUUUGUCUUUUAUGUACUUUGAGGCUGUGUAGAUUCUUUCAACAGAGGCAGAUUUUGUACCUGGUUUAAACUACACAGCUGUCCUUGCAUUUUUUUUUUUAUUUUUUUUUUUUUGAGCAAAGAAAUAAUUUGUUUGAUUUAAGAGCAGAAGGCACAACAACAAGUGAAACACAGAACUGUAAAUUGAAGAGAGAAAACUGGAGAUACGGGGGAACUGCCAAAAAUGUCCCGCUCAGAAGAAGUGAACAAAAUGACUGAAAAUGUGUAUAAGGUGAUUCUGGAGCAGUUCAACCCGAGUCUGAAGAAUUUUGUCACCAUGGGGAAACAAUACGAGAAAGCUUUGACGGGUGUAACACUUGCUGCUAAAGGCUAUUUCGAUGCUCUGGUGAAGCUGGGAGAGCUGGCCAGUGACAGCCAGGGGUCCAAGGAGUUGGGAGAUACACUCUUUCAGAUGGCUGAAGUCCAUCGACAAAUCCAGGUUCAGCUGGAGGACAUGCUGAAGCUCUUCCACUCCGAGCUGCUGUCACAACUGGAGCACAAACUGGAUUUGGACAUCAAGUACCUUACUGCGACACUGAAGAAAUAUCAGGCAGAACGGCGCUCCAAGUCCGACUCCAUUGAGCGCUGUCAGUCGGAGCUGAAGAAGCUGAGGAGAAAGAGCCAGAGCAGCAAGCACCCCCAGAAGUAUGGUGACCGGGAAAUGCAGAUUGUUGAACUUAUGAGUCGUCACCAGGGAGAACUGGACCAGCUGGUGGCUGUUGGGUACCGGUCAGCACUCACAGAGGAGAGGCGGCGGUACUGCUUCCUGGUCGAUAGGCAGUGUGCUGUGACAAAGCACUUCACCAACUACCACAGCAAGGUGAAGGAGUUGCUGUCUCAGAAGUUAUCUGCUUGGCAGUCAUCUUGCUCCCAACCCACCAAGCUGCCAGAAAGAGCCUUGAACCUUGUGCGGCAGACUGCUGCCAGCUCAGGGAAUUCAGGCAUAGCAGAUGUCCUUCGAACCUCAAAGCUCAGCACCACUUCACCUUUGGAACUGGGAGGGCCGCAGAAGCUGUCAGUCCAGGAAGUUCCACCUCUCCCUAAUGGAGAUGCCAGCCGCCACAGAGGAAAAGACCAGACCCCAAAUUGUGAGCCAACUCACAAUACAACUGCCCCAGGGUCCCGCUCCCAGACCCCAUUAUCUCAUUUGGCAACUGUCACCCAGAGUCACGGUGCUUCCAAUCAGGCGUCUCCACCCGGGGACAAAAAGCUGUCCACUUCCCAUAAUGCUCCAUCUGCUGUCAUCCAGACUCCACCACUCAUAGUGCAAAAUGUGCCUGUUUCCAACAGCUCUCCUCUUUCGAGGCCUCAGAGCCCCCUGCAGUCCCACAGUACACCUCUUUCCAGGUCCCACACACCUCUGGCCAGCCAACUGCUCCUGGAGGAGGAGGAUGAAAGCUCAGAUCUUCAACCAUGUCCUGUUUUAAACAUCUCUUCCCCGCUUUCUCACAAUAUCUCUCCUGCUCUUCGGGCCACUGACAUUUUUGCCACCAGCACGCUGCCACUGCCUCGGAAACAAGGGAAUGAAGCUAGGCUGAAUUUCUUGGGAGGUACAAUGCCACGGGUCGGCUCUUGGAGUCCUACACAGGUUCUGGCUCUCUUUCCUCACUCCGGUCAAGGAAGCGGGGUUUCAGAAGCUGCAGGAGAUGCUCCACUACUGCCUUUUUUGCCGGGAGAUGCCAUAACCCUGCUUAUCUCUGAGCCAAGAGAUGGUUGGCACUAUGGCCAGAACGAAAGAACUGGGAGAAAAGGCUGGUUUCCAUUCUCAUAUACUCAGCCGAUCCAGAACUCUCCAGAACUGCCUGGAACUGGGCUGUCUUCCUUAUCUAAGCUGAGCAGUGGCAGUGUUGGAAACCUAGACAAGAUAGGCUCGGAUGGAUCAAACCACUGUCCCCAGGAUCUUAUAGAAGACAGAUAUACUCCGCCACCCAGAGUCAGUACAUUUCGACCCAGGCCUUACAGCAUGGUGAACCCUGACAUCUCCCAGCUGGUCAUUGAUUUUGGAUCUUCAUCUUCCUCACCAUCAAGGAGAAACCCCUUUGCACAUGUUCGACUUAGAAGAACAAUCACAAAUGACCGCUCAGCACCCUUGAUCCAGUAACCCACAAGUCAAGUGUGACUCUACGGAUUGGGAUGAAGACAAGCACAGAUUGUGUCAUCAAGCUUUCUCCAAUAUCCUGGGGACCAUUCCAUUUUAACAUCACGUUGGGAAAGAAUAUGGAGUUGAGCAGAUGUGCAUUUGAUUUUUUUGUUGUUUUUUAAUUAUGAUUAUUAAUAUAAUAUUGUGGUGCUCAGUGGAGCUUCCAGAUAAACUUUUUUUCUUGUGUAUUGUUUGGGCAGGCCCAAACGCUUUUUACAGUUCAGUCUGUAUUUGAUGGGGCAGAUUCUACUCAUCAGUUAUCUAUGAGAGCCUGGAAAAUAAACGACAGGCAGGAGAUUCUGUGCAAGACUGGCAGAAACAGUAAGUGAAAGAAGGAGUGAGACAGGAUGAGAAAAGUGAGUGAGGGCAGAAAACAACACAAUGAGAAAAAAUUGAAAUAGCGAAUGGAAAAGAAAAAGCAGUAACAAAAAAGUGAGGGAGUAAAGGGAACCAGAGGGGCAUAGAAGGGUAAAAGAUACUCAAGGAAAAGAGAGAAUUAUGAAAAAUCGAUAAAAGUCAUGAUUAGACACUAGAGAGGAUACUGCAGCCAUUGACAAAUUGAGCAGCAAAGUAGAUCAGUAAUUAAUAAUAAACGCAUUACUUUUUGAACAAAGCACAUUUUUGCUGACUAAGUGUGCCAAAAUAAGAAGUGCCUGUUUCGCAGGUUGUAACCCCUGCUUGUUGUUCAGUUUAAUUUUUAUGAUUGGAUUUUUGCAAGUGCUAAAAAACCCUGUAUUAUUUAAUGAACAGUUUAUGAAAAUUCAAGUAUGCAAAGUAUUUUCUUCAUCUUACAAAUUUUAGUGAAGCGGAAUAUUCACCGUUAUGAAGUCAGAGUCAAUUUCCAAACUGGCGCCGCUUAUGCUAGCACCCGAAAGUUAAAUGUGUCUUGCUGCAGCCUGUGGGAGUGAGCAGGGCCGGGUGUUUGGGGGUGAGCUGGAGGUUGGUGAUGUGCUGUCACAGUAUGAGGGAUGGGGAGGGGUCAGAUGUCAGGCACUUUACACUAUAAGGAUGAUGGGAAGGUAGGUGUGGUCUCCUUCUCUUUACCUCACUGGUUAAUUAUUCAUACAUCAAUUCAUUAUGAUGCUCUUGUUUAUUUACUCAUCACCAUAAAAGGUGGAUAUCGCAGCCUACUGCCGCAGAUUUUGUUAUACAGUAAGGGUCUAAUGUCUAACCCCACCCAAGAUCCUUUCUGACAUUACUAAUGCCACACCACACCUCAUCUCAUGUUGUACAGCAAGGACCUUCUCCAUCCCGAUCUCAAUCAUUUUCGUAGGUGAUGCUGUGUUCACGUGUGACGGAUCAAAGAGCUUCUCUGGUCCGUCCUCUCAUAUUAUCCUGAGCAUCAUGGCUCCAAAAAACACCAUGAAAGAAACAAAAAAAAACCUAAGAAAACAUGAAAAACUGUGAAACAUGAAGUGUUAGGUAAUUGGCCUUAUUCAACCAUGUUUAAUAAAGGGUUGCUUUCAUGACAGAUGUUAUCAUUGCCUUAAUUCUGCCAAUUUUCAUGAAAAAUGGUGUUUGGAGCCAGGGAUUGGUGAAAUUCUUUCAUUUAAAGUAAUGCUAAUUAUGUGUUUAUAUUGUGAAAAUCCACUUUACGAAAGGGUCUUCAGUACCAGUUUAGCUUUGGGAUGUACGGGAAAUCUAUAUGUGAAAAGCCACCCCUACCGUAAUGGAUGAAUUAAAUUUAAUAAUACCCCUGUGACUUACAUUUGACUUUAAUACAUUGGGAUUCUUAACUGAAAAAGACCUUGAAAGCAAUACCACUGACGGCAUGAGACAUGGCCACACAUGCCAAUUAGCAAAUGUGCAAUAAACCCGAGCGAGUUAACAGCUGAGGUGCGGUUUGCCUGGUUAUUAUCAUUCAUGACGUUGUUGUUUUCUUGGGUGUUUUACAGUUGAACGUGCUCAUUACAGCCCUGCAGAGACACAGACGGGUCUCUGUGUCUGGAGGCAGAUAGCCCUCCAUGUCAAGGUCCGGAACCUUUUUCAGCAAAAUGAGUAACUGUAGCUAGGACUAAUAAGCCGCUUCUGUAUUGCUUACUUUUAAAAUGGUUUACAAAUGGUUAAGACUAUUGACAGUAUUGUUUAGAUAUAAUUAUUUCCAAUGU